AUGAGGGUGUUGUCCAAUCAGCAGCUCCACCUCGCAGAGCGGGAAGUAGCUGCUCAGGCACGUCAGCCAAUGUGGAGUGUGGGCUCUGAGACGAGGCCCUCCGGAAAUGAGUCGAUGCGUCUGAGCAGAAACAUGGCUUCAGCAGAGAUCUACUGGCCUGUCCCAAUGAGGGCCAUCGGUGCCCAGAACCUGCUCACCAUGCCAGGAGGUGUGUGCCAUUCUGGGUACCUCCACAAGAAGGGAGGGAGCCAAUUCAGCCAUAUGAAGUGGCCUCUUCGCUAUAUAAUCCUCCACGGGGGAUGUGUGUAUUAUUUCAAGAGCAGUACCAGUCCUGCACCGCAAGGAGCUUUCUCUCUCAAUGGCUACAACAGGGUGAUGAGGGCAGCAGAAGAGACCACCUCCAGUAACGUGUUUCCCUUCAAACUCGUCCACUUCAGUAAGAAGCACCGGACCUAUUGCUUCUCAGCAGCCAAUGAGGAAGAGAGAAGGAAAUGGAUGCGAAACCUGCGAAAAGAAAUUGAUCACCAUAAUGACAGAAGGGAUUCACAUUUUACAAAUGACUCUGAAAGUGAUGCGGACAGCUUCUAUGGAUCGAUAGAGUGCCCCAUGGACAUAACCUAUGCCCAUGAUGACCCAGGAGACAAUUACAUGUUAGAGGAUGAAGAAGACGAUGAGGAUGAAGAUGACUAUGAAAAACCAGAUAGCCCACCAACUUAUACAGGAAGACUAACUGUCCCACCACCAUCAUACCAUCCUCCUCCACUCCCAUGCCAGUUUAGACAAGAAUCAAUGUCAGGAUUCUGCAAUGGUCUCCCCCAACCUGCCCGUGCCCCUGUCCCCAACAGGACCCUCUCCAGCCCCCUUCCAAAGAAAAUGUCCCCGCUCUUACCUCGACUCAAGCUGGGUGAGGUCGGCCACAACCACCAUGGACACAAGGACAUCCCAAAUAAGGACAGCCCAGAGAGAAGUGUGAGGGGCCCUAAGACCCCUCUUCCCACUCCCAUUGCCAGCCUACAGAAGCAGAUGACGUCCAUCUCCACCCUACCUGGGGGGGACCACAGAGACAAUAAGCCCCAUGUUCCAGUGACCCUCAAGUCUCCCGCCACCCUGCCCAUCUGCAUCAACCUGGAAAGGCAAAUGGGGCUGAAUCCUAGUCCACCGGGUUGCCAUGGCAACACAACCAGUCACAUCCCAAGUGUGCCAAACUACUGCCACAGCACUAGGCCAACACCAGAUCUCCCACCACAGGCCUCGCCAGCACUGAACCACAAGCCUGGACCGUACAAGCCACCCCUCCUAGCGAAAUCUCCAUGUCCGGCAACCAUGCCUAAACGACCAAGAGGGUCAGCACAGUAA